AUGGUUCUCACUCGGCAAUCGACGCGCGCGAGUUCGAUGGCAUCUCAACUUCAAGCUAUCACCGUUGAAACUUCGACGGGAUCUACAUGUAAACCACGGAAAAAGAGGACAAAAGUCUCUGAGGAUGAAUCGCAGGAAACCACAAGUUCCUCAAAACCUAAAAGAGCACGAAAGUUAAAGCCUGAGGUCGACAAAUCUGAGUUUCUACCCAGAGCGCAGAGUCAGUGGAAAGUUGGAGCACAUGUAUCAGCGGCUGGGGGUGUGGAAAAUGCGGUCCUCAAUGCCGCUUCAAUUGGUGCAAACUCGUUUGCUCUAUUUUUAAAGUCGCAGCGCAAAUGGGAAUCCCCACCUCUAAGCAACGAAUCCAUAACCGAAUUCAAGAGGCUCAUGAAAGAGCUCGGAUAUGAAAGCAGAAUGGUGCUACCUCACGGAAGUUAUCUAAUUAAUCUUGGAAACCCCGACGCCGCGAAACGGGAAAAAUCAUUUGCGUGCUUUUUGGACGACUUGAAACGAUGCGAAGCUCUUGGCCUUGAGCUAUAUAAUUUUCAUCCAGGGUCAACCGUUGGGGAAACGUCUGUAGAGACGUCACUCAGUCUCAUCGCAGAUUGUAUCAAUCGCGCACAUGUAGAAACAAGCCGAGUCACGGUUGUCCUAGAAAACAUGGCGGGUGCCGGGAAUAUCAUUGGCUCGGACUUCGGUCAUCUCGCUGGAAUUAUCAAGCUUGUCAAAGAUAAAUUGCGGGUUGGCGUGUGUCUCGAUACUUGGUCACAGGUCAUGCAUUCGCUGCGGGUUAUGAUAUUCGAACGAAAGAUGGCUGGAAUAACAAAGUUCGAUGAACAAAUCGGCCUGAAAUACCUUUGCGGAAUGCACCUAAACGAUUCCAAGACGGAAUACAACAGUAAGAAGGAUCGACACGAAAACAUCGGACUGGGACAUCUUGGUCUUCUCUCAUUCGUUCAUAUCUUAAAUGACCCACGGACCCAAAAUAUCCCCUUGAUAUUAGAGACCCCAAGCUUUGAGCAAGCCAAAGAAAUAUGGGGUACAGAGAUAUCUGUGCUUCAACGUGUCUCUGGGGAAGGAAAUGUUUGUCAUCACAACGGCACUACCAAGGAGGGGGAACACCUGGUUGAUAUUGACGCUCUUGUCAACCAGCUGAAGAAGUCCGUGCUAAAUGGGGCCAAGCGUAAUUAG